UGCUCUCUGUUAAGGAAUUUCAACUUACUACAAAGUAUGUAGCAACUGCAGCAUGAUGUACAGGUACCAGGAAUUCACUGAUGGUAUCCAUAACUUCAAUGACCACCUUCUGCUUUCUCUUCACUUGUGUGUAAUUCUUCGCAAUGCUCUUCAGAAUCACACUGCUGUCAGCAGAGUAAUGAGCAUACUUGAAGCCACUGCUAAAGCAAAAUUCCCCAGCAAAGACACAGUGCUCCAUGCUUACCUCCACUUUGAAGCCUUGAGCAGCCAUGUUUAUUCUUACACCUGCAUCAAUUGUGGAUAUUACCCCAAAGUGGUGAUUAUGGAUCUCCACAAGAAAGGUGUCUUCAGUAUUCCUUUCAGUGAAAUAGCCACACCACCAUCAGAUUUCAAGGGUGAUACAAACAUUGUCUCUUUUUGGGAAUCCGUAACGAUGGAGAUGAUUGGCCGGGGAUUUCUUUCAAGUGGCAGGAAAAAUCCCUUUGUAGUUUGCCCAAGUUAUGAUUGUUGGGCUCCUUGGAUUGGACCUAACACCCGAAAGUCAGACAUUGUUCUAAACACUGAGCAUGCAAAACUACAAAAAACGAAGUCCUGUGAUGUUCCAGAUCUUGACGUCACAGAGGAAAGGUUAGGUGAUGAGCUCUUUAAUCUUAAGGUUGAUGCAGUGAGGAAGCUGUGCAAAGAAUGUGGAUUGGACACAAAGGGAUCAAGGAUGGAUAUUGUGUUACAUUUGCGAACAGAGAUGCAAAACCGUUCUGCGUACGACAAAAUCUUCCUGCAGAUUUGGGGUGCUUCUGGUGGCUGA